UUUCUAUGCCUUCAGAGCUUUCAGGAAAUUCUGAAGAUCCUAAUGUGGUGACCCAAAGUGAAAAAGAAGAUGCCACCGUUUCUAUUGAUCAAAGUUAUGAAUUACUUGAUGAAGAGGCUGACGAUUCUGACAAGUUUCCAAAACCUUGGCGUGGGGAUAGAUUUGCUAUCCUUCCAUCUCUGUUAAAGUGUGUCAGGUUUCCGUUAAUGCAAAAACGAUUUAUUGUUGAUAAGGUUGAAAAAAACCCAGUAAUCAUGGAAGCUGAAGGAAUGAAAGACUUGGUCAUCGAAGCAUACCGACACCAUUUGAUGCCUGACGUUGCCAACAACCACCCAACAAGCAGGACUAAACCUCGAAAAAAGAAGACAAAGAUUAUUGAUUGA